AAAAAAAAGGACAAAGUGCAAAUCACACAAAAUAGGUGUACUCAAAAAAGUGUCAUUUUCUCCUCAAAAUAACUCGCUAACCACCUGAGACCUGACCCAUUAGACUGCUUCCGCCGGCGACUAUUUUACCGGCGACAUCAUUCCCAGCAUCUUUAGGAUUCCUAAUGGCUUCCCCCAUACCUCCACCAAGCUCGGUGGCUUCCGGUGGCUUCCAGAAACCUAAUAAGUCAUUAAACUUCUUUGCAAACGCAAUGAAGAGAAAGGAUAGUUUCAUACAGUUCUUCGCCAUGACAGGAAUCCUUCUAUUGAGUGUUAGAUCACUUGGGCAAAAGUAUCGUAUCCAUAAUCUCAUGGACGAUAAUGCUGCGCUCGAAGAAGAACGAGAAGGACUUGUUCAGCGAAUGAAUCAUAUCAGGCAAAGCUUGCUUGCUGAAGCUGCUGCUGAGCCUACUGGUCGCUUUGCUUCCCGGAUUCGCCUCCUCUUCGGCAUCAUGGAUUCAAACUGUUUGGAAUGUACGUUCAAUCUUGUCAAACCGAAGCAGAAUUGACCUUUAAUUCCCUAAUCUCAAGAUCACGAUAUGCAGUUCAAUUACUUGACAGUAACCUGCCACUCUGUUGAUUCAAAGGAUGGUGUUUGGCUGUUUGCUUGCCAGUUUACAUAGUCUAAUCAUGAAGCUCUCUUAUGCCAUAUUUGUCUUUGGUGUUUGAAUGAUAUAUUUUUUUGUGAACCCCGUUGUGUUUCUUUCUUCGAGUGCUGUUAUAUAGCCUCAGAGAGCAAUGUUAGGAUUAAGUAAUAGUA